CGCCUUCCGUUUCCCGAGGAGAAGCGGGCGGGGACGGAGGGAGCCGCGCUUCCUGCCCUGUUGGGUGGGAUGUCGCUGUCUCUCAAGAUGCUGCCCUGCAAGAAGAGGAGAGCGGCGGUGGCGGCGGGGCCGCAGAGCCCGCGGGAGGGCGGUGAGGAGCCCGGCUCCGCCUCGGCGGGCGCUGCGGGAGGGGUCGCCGCCGCCGCCAAAACGGUGCCUCGAGCCUGCGGGACGGGCACUGGGGAGGCCUCGGUGCGGGACGGGAGGCGGGCAACGGGUGCCAAGGAGGCACCAGGGAUGAAGGUGGCAGCGGGGACGAAGGAGACACGGGGAACGAAGGUGGUACCGGUUCCAUGGGAGGCACCAGGUGUGAUGGAGUCACUGGGUGCCAAGGGGACACCGGGCACGAAGGAGGCACCGGGCACGAAGGGAACGAUGGGCAUCAGGGAGACACUGGGAGCGAAGGAGGCAUCGGGAAUGAAGGGGACAGUGGACAUAAAGGAAACACCAGGAAUAAAGGGGACACCGGGCACAAAGGGGACACUGGAUAUCAAGGAGGCACCGGGUGCAAGGGAGGCACUAGGAAUGAAGGGGACACCAGGCACAAAGGGGACACUGGGUGCAAGGGAGGCACCAGGAAUGAAGGAGGCACGAGGCACGAAGGGGACACUGGGCAUCAAGGAAACACCGGAAACAGAGGGGACACUGGACAUCAAGGAGGCAGCAGGCAUGAAGGAGGCACCAGUGGGCACGAAGGAGGCACCAAUGGGCGUGGAGAUGGCACCAGACUCAAAGGAGGGACCGGACACGAAGGAGCUGAGCGCUGCCGAGCUGCUCCUCACCGGGAGCCCCGAGGGGGCGGAAGGGAAAGUGCCUAAGUUGUCUACAGAGGUAGAAGUGGAUUCACAGGGAGAUCUGUAUCCGACGGAAAACCAGUCUGGAGUACGGGAGUCUCCAGCGAGAAGUUCUUUGCAGGUGGCUGUUAGAAAUCCUACCGUGAUGAAGCCACUGAAGAACCCCAGGGCUGAGGGGCAAGAUGAAGAGGAUGUUGAGAGAAGGAAGAGGAGGAGGAAGGCCACCAAACGGAAAAGAGAAGGGAAAAGUCCGGAAGAGGAAGCAUCUUUGACUUGUGACAUCAAGCUGGAUGAUACCCUUGAUCGCACCUUAGAAGAUGGAGCUAAACAGCAUAAUCUGACAGUUGUGAAUGUGCGCAAUAUCCUGCACGAAGUGAUCACAAAUGAGCAUGUGGUUGCCAUGAUGAAAGCAGCCAUCAGCGAGACAGAAGAUAUCCCUUUGUUUGAGCCCAAAAUGACUCGUUCCAAACUGAAGGAAGUUGUGGAGAAAGGAGUGGUGAUUCCAACAUGGAAUAUUUCUCCAAUUAAGAAGGCAAAUGAGGUGAAGCCUCCUCAGUUUGUGGACAUUCCUCUUGAGGAAGAUGAUUCAUCUGAUGAAGAAUACCAGCCUGAUGAUGAGGAUGAGGAUGAGACUGCGGAAGAGAGCUUACUGGAAAGUGAUGUGGAGAGUACUGCUUCUUCUCCUCGGGGAGCAAAACGAUCCAGGACAAGGCGAUCCUCUGAUGAAGAGGGAGGGACGCUCUGUGAGAUGGAGAAGAUUCCUACGCCUGUUGUUAGACAUAUUAGCGCUGAAGUAGUUCCCAUGGGACCUCCACCACCACCUAAACCAAAGCAAAACAAAGACAGCACAUUCAUGGAGAAGCUGCAUGCAGUGGAUGAAGAAUUGGCUUCGAGCCCAGUGUGCAUGGAUUCCUACCAGUCUCUGGAAGACAGCCUCAUUGCCUUCCGAACCCGAUCAAAGAGACCGCUGAAGGAUGUUCCUCUGGGGCAGCUGGAGGCUGAGCUCCGAGCCCCAGAUAUCACACCUGAUAUGUAUGAUCCCAACACUGCGGAUGAUGAAGAGUGGAAAAGGUGGCUUGGAGGACUCAUGAACGAUGAUGUGGAGAAUGAAGAUGAAGCAGAUGAUGAAGACGACCCCGAGUACAACUUCCUGGAAGAUCUGGAUGAACCAGAUACAGAAGACUUCAGGAAUGAUCGUGCUGUGAGAAUUACCAAAAAGGAAGUGAAUGAACUGAUGGAGGAGCUGUUUGAGACAUUUCAGGAUGAGAUGGGUUUCUCAAACAUGGAGGAUGAAGGUCCAGAGGAUGAGGAUAUUGUUUCAGAGUCACGGCCAAAUUUCAAUACACCACAAGCACUUAGAUUUGAAGAACCUCUGGCCAAUUUACUGAAUGAACAACACCGGACAGUGAAGGAACAGCUUGAGCAGUUGAGAAUUAAGAAGUCCUCCGUCAAACCACCACAAGAGAUGGAAAAAUCAAAACCUCAAAAUGAGAAGCCUCUCCAGAGCCUUGUUCUGGACAGUGUGCAAAGAAGGAGGCUGCAGCAGCAAAUGCAGCAGCAUGUUCAGCUUCUGACUCAAAUCCAUCUCCUUGCAAGUUCCAACCCAGCAUUAAGUUCCGAGACCGGUACUACCAGGAUGUUUUUGAGUGAGCUUGGUAACUUUGCUCGAAGCUCCGUGCUUCUUCGUCAGCCAUUCAAUCCCAAGUUUCAGACAAUGUUCCAGCCGUGUAACUUGAAGGGAGCUCUGCAGCUCAUUGAAGAUUUCCAUGCCCAAGUCCAAGUUGACUGGAGCCCUCGCAAAGCAGUGAAGAAGAGUGCCAAUGAAUUCCCAUGUUUGCCAAAGCAAGUGGCCUGGAUUUUGGCAACAAGGAGAGUCUUUAUGUAUCCAGAGUUACUGCCAAUAUGUUCCUUGAAAGCAAACCCUCCCCGAGACAAGAUUAUCUUCACCAAGGCAGAGGACAAUUUAUUGGCUUUAGGUCUGAAACAUUUUGAAGGGACGGAGUUUCCAAAGCCUUUGAUCAGCAAAUAUCUCUUGCCAACAAAAACUGCCCACCAGCUUACAGUACGGAUCAAGAAUCUCAAUAUGAAUCGAGCCCCUGACAAUAUCAUUCGAUACUACAAAAAGACAAAGCAGUUACCCAUUCUAUUCAAGUGCUGCGAGGAAAUCCAGCCCAGCGAUUGGAAACCACCUGUGGAGAGAGAAGAACAUCGCCUGCCGUUUUGGCUAAAGGCCAGCUUGCCCACCAUACAGGGGGAAUUGAAGCAAUUGGCAGAAGAUGCCAGGCAGAUGCCAGGUUCACCUGAUGCAGAUUCUGUCUUAAUGGGGCCUGGAAAGGAAACUUCAGAUGCAGAAUAUGAUGAAAAGUACCCUCUACUCAUGCCGAAGGGACUGGUAUUGACCUUAAAGCCCCUUGCCAAUCGCUUCUCUAGGAGAGCAUGGAGGAGGCAGAGGUCUUCAGCUCUGAAGCCUGUCCUCAUUCGACCAAAUCCGUGCCUGCAGCCCAGUUCCAACACCAUUAACAUGCAAGAACCUGUGAAGUUGUCCCAGUCAGAAGCUCCUCCCAGCAAAGUUAUGGUUCAGAUACCUCAUCUUAUCCAGCCAGCUACAGUUACACAGACGGUGCAGGGAGUGCAGCCUUUGAGUGUUCCCACAGUGGUAGGAAGUGGGGAUGGCUUGGAAUUUCAGAAUGUGCUCUCCCCUUCGCAUUCGGACUCCAGACAAGCUUUCCCAGCUGCUGUACCACCAGCUCUCGUGGCCCCAAAUCCAGUAACUUUACAGCCAAAACUGAUGUUGCCAGCUUUGGCUGGAUCAAAAAUACGCAAACCUUGUGUCCGUAAGGGGUACCAAAAGAAAAAAGGGGGAAAAUCUGCCCCACUGAUAAAGACUUCACCUUUGAUUCAGCCCUCUCCUGUCAUCCUUACUGUGCCUGCUACCACAGUGAAGGUGGUCAAUAUCGGCAAUGGCUGCAAUAUGAUCCAGCCCAUAAAUCCAACAGUUGCUAGAGGCACUCAGGCUAUUCCAGUUACAACCUUACUGGUAAAUCCAUCCCCUUUCCCCUGUCCAUUAAAUCAGCCUCUAGUGACUUCUUCCAUCCCUUCACUGAUAGUUUCUCCUAACCCUGUUGGUCUUUCUGCAUCUUCUAUUGGUGAAAAUGAAGACCAGCUGAAUCUGGUUUCUUCCUGCCCUGCUGGAAACAGCAAAAAUUCCUAUUCCACGGCAGAGCCCAAGGCUGAACCCUCUGAGCUGUACGUUUCCUGCACCACUGCCUCCCCUGCGGAGGAGUGUGGUACAAAUCCUGCCAAUUCAAACACUGGUGCUCAGGAAAAGGUGAAUAAGAGUGACUGCUGCAGCUGGACAGUGGUGGGAGGAGAUGAAAGCGCUUCUGAGCCAUUGCCUGUGGAGCUUUUGCCUCGUUUAGAAGAUCCAGAUGAAACGGUGAAAAGUGAACCCGAGGAUUCAAAUGAUGCUACCAAGGAAGUAAAUCCAGUACUGAAGAGAAAUCUUGUAUCUACUGAAGUGAAGGAGGAAUUCAUGCUGGACCUUGGCCAGGAGCUGGACAUGGAGGUUGCAUGUUCAUGUUCAAAUGACCUGAAAGAAAUGAAAAAGGAGCAUAUGUCGUGUGAUGAGAAGGGAGAAGGACAAGGGUGGGCCUUGCGGUCUUCUCCCCACGGCGAGCAGCAGAUGGAUGCAGGUGCUGUUGCUGGACCACAAGUAAGUAGUGAGUCUCCAAAGAAUCUUUCUUACACAGCAGAUGUGGAGGCAGAAUUCAGUAGCCCGCUGGGAAGGCCAGAGGAUUCCUCCAGUAUAGAUGGCCAAUCCGUUGGGACACCAGCUGGCCCUGAAACUGGAGGAGAGAGAGAAGGACAAGAGGAGGAGGAAGAAGAUGACUUUGAUGACUUCACACAAGAUGAGGAUGAAGAAAUGUCAUCAGCCUCGGAAGAAUCAAUUCUUUCAGUGCCAGAGCUUCAGGAGACAAUGGAAAAACUUACUUGGCUUGCAACAGAGAGACGUUUAAGCCAAGAGGGAGACUCUGAAGAAGACAAUUCCCAGGAAGAGAACUCUGAGCCUGAGGAAGAGGAGGAGGAGGAAGUGGAAGGAAUAGAGAGUUUACAGAAAGAUGAUGAAACGUGUGGUGAUACCUCAGAAGAACCGAAAUCUGCCUUCACCUUGACAAAGACAACCCCACAGGUAGAAGCUCACCGGAUGCCGGCAGGAGAAAAUAUGAAAGCCCCUGGGAAGAGCAAGAGCUCCCACAGAACCAGAAAUAAGAGGGGACGGGCUCGUGCUAGCAAAGAUACAUCCAAGCUGCUCCUCUUGUAUGAUGAAGACAUCCUGGAGAGAGAUCCCCUGCGGGAGCAGAAGGAUCUAGCGUUUGCCCAAGCCUAUCUGACCAGGGUGCGUGAAGCCCUGCAGCACAUUCCUGGGAAGUAUGAAGACUUCCUUCGUGUCAUCUAUGAGUUCGAGAUUAGCACAGACAAGCGAACAGCCGUGGAUCUCUAUUCCACUCUACAGAAACUAUUGCAUGACUGGCCACAGCUGCUCACAGAUUUUGCUGCCUUUCUUUUACCGGAACAAGCUCUGGAGUGUGGGCUGUUUGAAGAGCAGCAAGCGUUUGAAAAAAGCCGGAAGUUCCUCAGGCAGCUGGAGAUCUGUUUUGCUGAAAAUCCUGCCCACCAUCAAAAGAUCAUCAAAGUUCUGCAGAGCUGUGCAGACUGCCUCCCCCAGGAGAUUGCAGAGCUGAAGACUCAAAUGUGGCAGCUGUUGAAAGGACAUGACCACUUGCAGGAUGAGUUCUCAGUUUUCUUUGAUCACUUACGGCCCUCAGCCAGCCGCAUGGGAGAUUUUGAGGAGAUCCACUGGACGGAAGAGAAGGAAUAUGAGUUUGAUGGGUUUGAGGAGGUGUCUUUGCCAGAUGUAGAAGAGGAGGAUGAACCACCCAAGAUGCAUGCAGCCUCCAAAAAUAAGAAGCGGAAAGAGAUCGGAGGCCAGAACAAUGACAAAGAGGUCGAGUGGGUAGAUGGGAUGAAGGAAUGUUCGUGUUCCUGCCACGAAGGGAGUAGUGAUCUCAAGCUAAAGAAGAGCAAAAGGAGGACCUGCAGCCAUUGCAGUAGUAAGGUGUGUGAAAACAAAUAUUACAAAAAUAAAGAUUCUCACGAGCUGACUGCCAGCCUUGUUCAUCAAGAAUCGAGUCCUCAGCCUGAAGGGAAGGAUUCCAUGAUGCUAAAGGAACCUGCAGAAGAAAGCCUGGAGAACAGAGAUGAGGGAGAGGAUGUGCAGAGCAGAACAAAAGCCGUAUCUAGGAAAAUCGACUCUCUGGCUUCAGGAUCUCAUCUGGAAGGGAAGAUCCCCUCUAGCAGACAUGUGUCCUCUGGAAAAGCUGCACUGCCAGAUGCCCAGGCUCACGGAACCUGCAGCAGUGCUGUUGUGGAUGCUGUAAAGGACAGGGACUCUUCUGCCACUGGCCCUAAGUGGGCACAUCUACAAAAAGCUGCUCUAGAACUACCUCAAGAAACCAAAGACUGCCCUUGUCCCAUGGGAACUAAGAACGAGGGGCUAAACCAGCAGCAUCAAGGCCACGCCAAUGCCUUUGGCCCGAGGGGGGGUCUGCUGCCACUGCCUUGUUCUGCUGCAGGAAAAGGUUUAAUGGGAGCUGGGUCCUCUCCCUGUAAGAGUUCGUGUCAGACUGAAGAGCUUCAUUCUGAUUCAUCGGAUAAACUCGCUGCCUUUGGUCAUGCUUCAAAAUGGGGGCUGAAAGACUUUGAGGGACCACCUUUGCCUCUAGAAGGCAAACGUGACGCAAAGCAGGGUUGGGUAACAGUGAGUAGAAAACCACCGCUGGGUAAGAGCGGCGGGUCGCGGUCCCCUGAUAACGGCGUUCUGGAAGCAGAUGAUACGGGCUGUGCUGGAACUCCUCCUGAGAGCAGAUUAAAGUCAGAUGCAAACAACUGCUUCCAGAUGCCUCAGCAUUCUGAGCAGCUGGAAUACAGAGCGGUUAUGGCCUCCCCGGGGCAGAAGGAAGAGGAGCAGCAACAGCAACGAGUCACAGAAGCAACCGUGUGUGCCAAGAACAGCAAAGUCAGCUCGACUGGGGAGAAGGUUGUCCUCUGGACCAGGGAGGCUGACAGGGUCAUCCUCACCACCUGCCAGGAGAAGGGAGCCCAUCCAGAAACCUUCCAGGCCAUCUCGCUGAAGCUGGGCAACAAGACUGCGAAUGAGGUAUCCCACAGGUUCAGAGAACUGAUGAGGCUGUUCCACACAUCCUGUGAUGGGAGCUCUGAGGAUGAGGAGGAUGCAACCAGUACCAGUAACACGGACCAGCUGUCGGAUAAAGAUCUUCUGCUUUCUGAGGAAGAACCUGAUGACUAAGGGGGU